GAAGGACACAUCCGACUGGUCGGAGUCAGCGAAUGGAUCUUCUCAAAUGGACGCUCUCUCCUUGGAGUCUGCCAGCAAGGAAGCCUAUUUCAGCAGAGUAGAAACAUUCACCCCGCUGAAGUGGGCGGGCAAACCCCACGAGCUGUCUCCUCUGGUUUGUGCCAAGUACGGCUGGAUCAACGUGGAGUGCGACAUGCUGAAGUGCUCCAGCUGCCAGGCUUUCCUCUGCAUGAGCCUGCAGCUCACCUUUGACUUCAACAAGUAUAAGGAACGCUGCGGGGAGCUGAAGAAAGCCUUGUGCACUGCUCAUGAGAAGUUCUGCUUCUGGCCGGACAGCCCCUGCCCAGAUCGCUUUGCCAUGUUGCUGGUGGAUGAGCCCAGAGCCCUUCUCCAGGACUUCCUGGAGCGUUUUCAGAGCCGGUGUCGGCUGGAGCUGCAGCUGCCCUCCCUCAGACCGGAGGACAUGAAAAACAUGUCUCUGACGGAGGAGAAGGUCAGUCUGCUCCUGCAGCUGAUCGGGGAGGAACUAGAACACAAAACAGAGGGAGAGAAACCGCCGAUGAAGUUCACCACGGAAAUCCUGCAAGUGCACGUCCCUGCCUGCAUCCUGGCCCUGUGUGGCUGGACUUGCAGCACUACGCCUGGCUCCGUCCACCUCUCGGUGAUCACCUGCUCCCGCUGCAUGAGGAAGGUGGGACUGUGGGGCUUUCACCAGCUGGAGUCCGUGGGGCCAGAGCUGGACUCCUGCAGCCCCAGCGCCGCACUGCCAGCAUCCGCUGAGCGCUUCCCGCUCGUGCCCACGUCUCCGCGCAGGAUGCUCACGCGGAGCCAAGACACGCUCCCUCUGGGCUCUGAGCAGCACGAGAAGAGCCUGUCCCCAGGCAUCUCUCGCCCGCGGGGUUGGGACUCUCCCGUCCCCAUGGACCGGGCUGAUACGGAGGCAGUGAGCCCCACUCUGAGGAGCCGCCCUGUCACCCGCAGUAUGGGGCAGGGGGACAACGUGGAGGUGCCAUCCAGUCCUCUCCGCAGAGCCAAGCGGGCUCGGCUCUGCUCUUCCAGCAGCUCGGACAUUUCUUUGAAGAGCUUCUUUGACCCCAGCUCUCAGCAUCGUGACUGGUGUCCCUGGGUCAACACAGCGGAGGGAGGGGAAGCCCUGGAGGAUCCUGCAGCCCAGACAGAGAAGGAGGCUGCGAAGGCAGAGCCGGGCUGGCAAGUGGUACUGAACACUCUCCUCGCCACCAGAAAGUGCGACCGAGUGCCUGAGACGGAGCCUGUGAGUCUCUCGGUGAAGUCCUGCAAGGUGUUUCGCAUUUUCCGGCAGUGGGAGAGCAUGAAUUCCUCCUGA